AUGUCGGAUAUAGGUCAGAGGAGAGCGGAGGCUGAGACGAUCGUGAACAUCCUGCUGGUUGUGGCUACGCUUCAGCAGACGCUCGAUCUUCCCGAUGACUUCGACUCAUGCGACCCGGAUUUCACCGAAUAUUUCUUGCAGCUGAUCAUCCUCCUUAGGGCGUCCAGUCUGCCCAAUUGGCAGUCACACAUAGGCUGGCUUGGCCUAUUCACCCCCGAGAUGACACUGCUUGCUAUGGACACUUUCAGCAACUAUCUGCAAUACCUUCAACAGACUCGAUCGGUGGCGCGCCCUCUUACAUACAACCGGCGCCAGAGAUUAGGGGAGAAUGUAUGGUUUGUCAUAUUUGACCACCAGA